CCACAUCCUGUGAGGAAAACACAAAUAAUAUGAAUGAAAUGGAAUCUUCUAGAAGCUCAUCUAGUGAGGAAUCCACAGAAAGUUCCACAGAGAAAAUUAAAAUCACCAUGCAAGAACAGCCCUCCCCAAAACAACUGAAUGAAAUCUACCAAUUGUAUCAGCAGUUGAACUUCCUCCAAUAUCUCCAGGCUCUUCAACAACACCAGAUUGUCAUGAACCAGUGGGAUCAGUUUAAGACAAACGCCUACCCCUUUAUUCCCAAUCUGGACAACGAACAACUCUGUGAGGAAUGUUCCAGCUUCCCUAAGGAACAAGAUAAACAGGAAAAUGAUGUGGUUAUGCAUACCAGUCAGGACAAAAUCAACCAAUAUUAUAAGAAGUUUUUCUUGCCCCAAUACCCAAAAGCUGUUCAGCAACAUCAGAAAACUAUGACCCCAGUGAAUCACAUUAACACAAAUGCUGACCAAAUUAUCCCCACUCUGAGGAACUUUUAAGAUUCUUGAAAUAACUGCUUCUAUUUUAUUUUGGUUUGACUAGAAAAAUCCAUCUUCUACAGUUUUCAUUUCUACCAUAUAAUUUCAUACUACCAGCAUGUUUGAAGAAGUUUAUUGAUAAGGCAGAAAUAUUGAGCCAAAGAAGACUCUGCAGAAUGUUCCGUGAAUUGCUGAUAUUCUUCCUAUUCAUGUUGAAUUUAUUGGGCCUGUGUUGUGGUUUCACAUGAACUAGGUAGAUGAUGAAGAUGUUUCACCGCUCUUUCUGAGUUAUGGAAACACAUUUCUUCCCCCCAAAAAAUAA